AUGCACCCCUUACACCUGCAGUCCACGAGCCCCUACCAACCCACCAACCACCCCACCAACCCACUACCAGGCCACUUACCAACCCACCAACCAGCCCCUACCAACCCACCAACCAGCCCCUACCAACCCACAAACCGACCAGCCCCUACCAACCCACUACCAGCCCUACCAACCCACCAACCAGCCCCUACCAACCCACCAACCAGCCCCUACCAACCCACCAUCCAACUAGCCCCUACCAACCACCAUCCACUAGCCCCUACCAACCCACCAACCAGCCCCUACCAACCCACCAACCAGCCCCUACCAAACCACCAAACCAGCCCCUACCAACCCACCAACCAACCAGCCCCUACCAACCCACAACAGCCCCUACCAACCACCAACCAGCCCCUACCAACCACACCAACCAGCCCUACCAACCCCACCAACCAGCCCGACCAACCAACCCCAGCCACAACCCACCAACCAGCCCCUACAACCCACCAACCCCCCUACCAACCCACCAACCAGCCCUACCACCCACCAACCAGCCCCUACCAACCACCAACCAGCCCCUACCAACCCACCAUCCAACCCCACCAGCCUACCAACCCCACCAACCAGCCCCUACAACCCACCAACCAGCCCCUACCAACCCACCAACCAGCCCCCUACAGCCCAACCACCAACCAGCCCCUACCAACCCCCAAAACCAGCCCCUACCAACCCACCAACCAGCCCUACCAACCCACAACCACCCCUACCAACCCACAACCAACCAGCCCCUACCAACCCACCAACCAGCCCAAACUUCCUACGCAACAACCAGCCCCUACCAACCCACCAACCAGCCCCUACCAAAACCACCAACCAGCCAAACUUACCAACCCCACCAACCAGCCCACCAACCACCACCUACCAACCCACCAACCAGCCCCCUACCCAACCACCAACCAGCCCCUACCAACCCCACAACCAACCAGCCAGUGA